CGCGCCUACGCAUAAUCAUCUGUCUUAUUUACACGUGAAAAACCAACGGAAACCAUUGUAAUUUGUAAGUAUGGCUUUAGUUGGUGCCAUGAUCGGUGCUGCAGCAGGAGGUUGGAUCAAUGACUACUACGGUCGUAAAAAAGCAACUUUGUUUGCUGAUGUUGUCUUUGCAGCUGGAGCAAUCGUUAUGGCUGCUGCCCCUGAUCCUUAUGUCUUAAUAUCGGGUCGUCUCUUGAAGCAUCCCCUUCAGAACUCAGAAGUGAGAGGUGGGCUUGUGAGCACCAAUGUAUUGAUGAUCACCGGUGGACAGUUUCCUUCGUACCUCGUUAAUUCUGAUUUCACACAGCAUUCUAGGAAUUGCCAUAGCGCUUCCUCUGUUAAUUACUUACAUGCCUCCAUCGACCAUGGAUGUAGCAGAAAAAGUUGCAGAGGCUGCAGGAAAAUUGUCAAGGAAUGUGUCUAUGAUACAGAGAAAAAGGGUACACGAGCGAUGAGGAGCUUGAGGAACUGGACUCUCCUCUUACGUCCAUCGUCGACAAAGGGAGUGACUGUACUAGUUCAGCGACUUCGAAUGCAAGAUACAAGCUUCUUCGAGAAGUGUGGGUUUAGUGGAAUGAUGAUUGGAACCAAGUAUAGCUGUAACUAGUGUGGGAGUUGCUAUGAAUCUAUGGCUAUUGCAAAGAGAAUUUGCCUAUACAAGUAAUGCUUCUAUUAUAUAGAUACUCUGUUUUCAGGUAUCAUAAAGAAGCUAAUCUAAAAAUGGGCUUCAUGAUUUUGAUCAGAUUUGACUGUUGAAUACAGAUUUUAAUUUAUU